ACCGCAUCUCCGCUUAAAUGGGGUCACCCGUAAUUUACCGUCAUCUGGUUGGUCGAAUUCAGUAUUCGCUGUGACUCUCGCACAUAAUUAUGCUGUCGACAUUGUUCUCGUCGUUCGUCUCGACCGUGCACUGCGACGCGCCGUCAGAUGAGUCCAAAGAGGGUUUGAAGGCGCUGUCCGGUGAGGGCGAAGGCGAGGCUAAGAAGGAGCCCGAAGAAGAGGAAGAGGAGGAAGAGCCUGAAGAUAUCAUGCCUGUUCUACAAGAGGAAUGCCAAGAGACAGCUAAGUGUGCGCCUCUUGCCAGCCAUUUCGCGCACUGUGAGGAGAAGGUGAACGAAGGCAAGGGUUAUCACGGUGAGGAUUGUGUUGAGGAAUUCUGUACGUUCGUUCCUAGCAUUUACGUUGUAUCCGCUAACCUAGUACACGUCUCUUGCGAUGAUGUCAUCUUAAGACCACUUGAUGCACUGUGUGAACGCAUGCGUCGCACCAAAACUGUUCAGCAAGCUCAAGUAGAUUGUUCUGAGUUGAGGACGACUCUCACUGGGUGCAAUGUCACUAGAAAUAUUCUAAUAAAUGAUUAUUGCCUCAGUUCUAUGAACGUGACUUUCCCUGCGUGACUUCGACGCAAUGCAGUUUAGAUCAUACCAGCCAUUCCUGCAGGAUCUAUGUCACCUAGCGCAGCACUAAAUUCAAUUCGCUUUUGUGUAGCUGUCACCUCCCGAGUCCGAGUUUUGUGAAACUUGGAAGACGUGGGAGAAGGUUUUUGACAAUGGGCGUUACACCUCUUCUA